AUGAGAUUUUCUCCAAUCCUCUCGAUGAUUUUCUAUGUCAGCACCAUUCACAUUCGGUGCAAUCCCACUGUUACGGGUGACAUAGAGCGCUUGAGGGUUAUGGUGAUCCCGUACAGACACACAGAUCAAGGGACGCAAGUCCUACUCUCGUUCCCAAAGAAGUCGGGUAAAGAAAGGGGGUAUUGUUUCCCACGCGGGAAGCUGGAUCUGGAGGAUGUCAAUGAUCUAGCUACUGCUGCCCGUGAAUUGAAAGAAGAGACUGGUUAUGAAAAUGCUCACUUCUCGAAUGAAAUGUACAAUUGGGAGGAGGAAAAGCACGCAGAAGAAUAUUACAGGGUCAAAACUUUCGUUUAUCUCGCCGAAAUCGAGGAAAAUGCCAAACCCGGAGAUGGUAAGGAUGUGGGCUCCCGCACCAACGUGUGGUUUCAUAUAGAUAAGGUCCGAGACAAUUUAACAAACAGACUCGAUUCGGUGAAAGCCUGGGAGGUAUGUGGGGAUAAGAUUCCAAAACCCCCAGAAAGCUCCAACUCAGGUAUGUGA